UGUUUGAUUGGCUGUUGGAGAUAGUGGGCGUUUCCUCUCUGUAUUUGGAUUUUUUGGUUGUUACACACGCAUGUCGUCAGAUUUGAUUCAGAAAUAUGCUCUGCUGACGCUUGUAAUAGACCACCAUCAGACCAGUCCUUCAACAUUAACUGAAAGACAUGGACGACCCUUCAGCUCAGUUUCAACACGAGGAUUUGAUAGAUAUUUUAUGGAGACAGGAUGUCGAUUUGGGGGUGAAGCGAGAGAUCUUUGAUGGAUGUCUUCGGCAGAGAGAGGAGGAGAACACGAGAGCAAGAGAAACAGAGUUAAAAAGAGAGCAAGAGUUUGAAAGGAUCAUGCAAAGGUUACAGAAACUAGACAAGGAAACUGGAGAGUUUUUGCCUAGUCCUUCAUCUGUGAACUCCCAGGCUGUGCCCUUCUCAGAGACAUUGCAUUCUACAGAGUUUACUCAGCGUUCACCUGUUACCCAGAAUCCUCUGCUGUCUGCACUGCUUUUGUCUCAGAAGUCUCAGAAACCUCCUUGUCAAGAGCAGGCUUUUAGUGAACUGCUGUCACUGCCAGACUUACAGUAUUAUUUGGAUGUCCUGGAGUCUGAGGGCUCAAGCUUGCCCCUAGAGGAUAUCACCGAAAUCAGCCACCACAACCUGCCCGAGCCACAGAGGGAAAACUCAACAGAUGCGCUGUGUGGCAUCACACAGACAAUAUCAGACUCUUUUGAGGUUUCUCAGCCUUUGUCAUGCAUGCCCUCUGAUCCCAUAGAGAUCCUGGAAACAUGCAUACAGACAUUCUCGGAUCAAGGAAAUCCUACACCUUCACCUUCAAACACAAUUUACAGCUGCAGUACCCCUGAUAAUCAUGUGAUUUUACCUAAAUGCCACAUAAACUCAAGCGAUUCAACCCUCAGUGAGUUUUGCCCAUAUACCAUCAAUACCAGUAAACCUGAACAAUUAAAUUGUGCACCUGGAAGGGACGCUCCACAGACGCUUUUACAAUUUGAGGAGCGCCACGUUCUUCUGGGGUUUGAUGACUCCGUUUCAGUUGGCUCUUUGGAUUUAGAGACGUCCCUCUACGCUGCUGACACCUUAAGUAUAGGCCAAUCAGACAAGGAUGAGUUGGAGAGCAUCCAAUCAGAUUACACCGAUCUGCUGCCUUUAUCUAUGCACUCUGAUGCUGUGGAGGCAACGCUGUAUGAAACUGUUACGUCUGCACAACACCAAACUCAAAAUGAACCAACACCUAAAAAUUCAAAUCAAGCAAAUCCCUUAACCACAAGCAGAGCUGCAGGUGUCCGGCGCGUAUGUCGUGAUGAACAGCGGGCCCAAGCCAUGAGUUUGCCGCUUAGUGUGCAUGACAUCAUCAACCUGCCUGUGGAAGCAUUUAACGAAGCCAUCAACUCUUACAAACUCAGCAGCGCUCAACACACCCUCAUCAGAGACAUUCGGAGACGUGGUAAAAACAAGAUGGCAGCCCAGAGCUGUCGCAAACGAAAGCUGGAUUGUUUCAUUGAUCUCGAAGACGAGAUUGAGAGGCUGAAGAGGGAGAAGGAGCAAAUCAAGGAAGAAAAUGAGAGGAGAGCUAGAGAACUUCAAGAGACGAAAGAGAAGCUCAAGAAACUUUACAAUGAGGUGUUCAGACGGCUGAGAGAUGAACAUGGGAACUCCUACAACCCUAGAGAGUACAAACUUCAGCAGAGCACUGACGGGACGGUUUACCUGCUGCCACGUGGCACAGCCAACAAGACAAAUACGCCAACAGAGGAUUUACCUUUGCUUUAUAAUAAACCUGAAGUACAGCAAAGCUCUUUUGGUGAUUGUAACUUUACACACCAGGGACCUUAGUUUUGGGAUGUUGUUGUCUUGAGGAAUCACUAGCAUCAUCCCCCAGCCGCUGUUUUCAGCCAUGCAGUACAUUACUGUCUACUUGAAAAAAAGGGAAAGAAUGAAAUCUACAAAAUUGUUGUCAAUGUUACAUUUAAAUGACAACAGCUAUGGUAUUAUACAUUUUAGCUUGAAUCAUGAAGCUGAUCCAGUCAGUGGAAAUACAUACAUACUCUAUAUGUACAUAUAUACUGUGUAUGUGUGUAUACACACACACACACACACACACAAAACUGUUCAAAUGUUAGGUGUUAAGUUUUUUUUUUUUAAGUCAACUUUUUAAGUCUUUUGAUCAAACUUGCAUUAGAAACCGUAACAAAUAUGAAAUUUUACAAUUUAAAAUAACUGUUUCCUAUAUUUUAAUAUAUUUAAAAAAUGUGUUUUUUUAGUAAUGGCAACACUGAAUUUUCAGCAGCCAUCACUCUAGCAUCACAUGAUGCUUCAGAAAUCAAUCUAAUAUGUUGAUUUGGUAAUUAAAAAACAUGUAGUUAUCAAGGUUGAAAACAAUUUUGUUGCUUAAUAUUUUUGUGAUACAUUUUUUAUUUAUUCUUUCUCAGAAUUCCUUGAUGAAUAGAGGUUGAAUUAGAUUUCACUUUUGAUCGGGUUAAUACAUCCUUGCUGAAUAAUUCCAAAUUUCUUUUACUGACCCAAAAACUUUUGAACAGUACAGUGUACUCCAUAGAAACUAUAGAAAAUAAAUGUGUCCACUUAUGUAUAUUCACUGUAUAUGUAUAUUAUAUAUGUCACACAAGUUUGGAAAUAAGUAGAUUAUUUAUUGAAAACUCCAGAUUACAAUUACAUGACGAGAUUAUGAAUAAAUGAAAUAUUCAUGCUAUAUGUACUUGGAAACUGUCAGAUUUCUUGAUGUCUAAAAUACAUAUUCAGAUGAAAAA